GAAUUGAUAACUGUUUCCAACUUAAAGUAACUUCAAGGCAUAUACGGGCUGAGAACCAUCCUCAUUUGAGUUACGAUACGCAUCGCUGAUAAGUUGAUCGUGAUCUGUGCAGCGUGACUGCUCUCAACUGUAGCCUGGGGGAAAGUUUAUUUUAGAAUUGAAUAACGGAGCAUCCGACUUUGCAUAAGAAAACUCGGAGCAGAUUAGCGCAGAAUCGGCACCUGACUCUUAAGCCGUACGGAUCCACGCAAACACACGUCUAAAUCUUAAAUACUUACACGCGAUCAGGAAGAAAGGACAUCAUUCAUUUUCACUGCGAAACAGUCUGUGGAGUUUGCUAAACUUAUAUCAUUUUAUAGUUGGAACUGCUGUUAUACAGAUAAGAGAGUCUUAAUGCGUAUCCCUAUGGCUUAUGCGAAUUUCGACGAUUUGGUGCGAGUGACGGAGAGUAUCACCUACCCGAACUCCUACCAAGGCGAGGGAAAUCCGUUGACGGCGGGGAUCUAUUCGUUGCUCAUUCCAAACACAGAGGAUGAACUACAACAGACACUUAAAGAAAUGGAUAGUUACCUGUGUUCCACCUCUCAAGACACACCUUCAGAAUUGCAGCCACAUGUAAACCUCCAUCAACCAAAGUUCGAAGAGGGGAUGAAGAGAGACUGUCGCUUUCCAGAGUCAACGGCCAACGUGUGUAAUGGCCUACAAACAGUACAAGCGCCUUCUUGCGAUCUGAAGCUAGAGUGGCCGCAAGCUACUCUUCAAAACCCAGCAACUACGACGACUGCAUCAUGUGCGGAGUCCAACGUCUUUAGUUUCGAUACACACCAAUCCUUUCCCACAUGCUCUGAGAGCGAACUGGAAUUAAGCCAUGCCUUUCACUGCGAUUUUCCCGGUUGUAAAAAACGUUACACAAAGAGCUCGCAUCUUGGAACACACAAGAGAAUUCAUACCGGCGAGAAGCCCUUCCUGUGCCCGUGGGAGGAUUGUGGGUGGUGUUUCCGCAGAUCGGACGAACUAAAGCGCCACUACCGAAGACACACUGGCGAAAAACCUUACGUAUGUCCCUUGUGUGGCAGGUCCUUUAGUCGUUCAGAUCAUCGGUCUUCUCACAUAAAGAAAAUACACCCACUAAUGUAGGAGUUUUUUAAAUCGACUCAACGGACCUCAGAUGACAAACGUCAACAUUUGACUUAAAUUUUUAUUUGUUUGAAUGUUCAAUAGACAAUUUAUACUCUAUAUUUAGUCGACCUCAUGGCCGCGACGUUGUCCUACUGUCUGUUCCAUAAAGAAGCCUUAUUUAACGAGCUAAGAAUUAUGUGGUGAAUAAUUGUACAUAUAGAGCACACUAUUGGCAUAAACAGGGGAAUUCAAUGAGCCAAUAGUCACCGAAAUCACUAUUUUAAUGGAAAGUCUUUAAACAGUCAAUUUCACUCCUCAGUCAAGUAUCAAGACGAUACAGUCGGAAAACGUAAACCUUGUAGUUAUAUUAUGUAUAUUUCGUAGCGACGAGUCCUUCUCAGUCUUAAAAGUCACGUUGUCAGUAUUUUUCGUCUUGUUGGAGGACCCAUGAUCGCUUUUCUAACUCAUUUUGACUCAAAAAUUUCAGAAAGCCAAACUACGCACAUCUUUGUGGUGGAGGGUUAAGAGAGAAGAACAGGGCUGGUUCCUGCUGGGAAGGUGCUUUGUAGUAUGACAUGAAAUAAACAUGGUUAUAUUCAAGAUUUAACAUAUACUGAAAUGCAUCCAUUCUUCGUCGUUAAGGGACAGUUGUCCAACUACUAAGAGAUAAAUACUGCUUCGGACUGUUUCAUACAUUCUACAUCGAAGGAAAAAACUGAAGAAAAGCUUUAAGAGGACAGAAUGUUUCAUUCAGACUUUAACAUGAACGAUCAGUACAAGUAUUUAAGAGGUAUCGAUUGUGAAACGUGAUUGAAGCUGACGGCGAUCUCUAAGAAACAUGUAAAAAAGCCCUUGAAGACUCAACAAAUACGAUGAUUUUGAUACGAUGUGUAUUAAACAAAUUUAAAUCUC